UCAUGUCGCCGGAGCUGCCGCGGAGCAGACGCGCGCCGUGAAUAUGCCGGGGCUGCUGCUCGGAGACGUGUUUCCCGACUUUGAUGCGGAGACCACCGUCGGCAGAAUCAAGCUCCACGAGUUCCUCGGCGAUUCAUGGGGGAUCCUGUUCUCCCACCCCAGAGACUACACCCCCGUGUGCACCACGGAGCUGGGACGAGUUGCCCGACUGUGCGGCGAGUUCAGCAGGCGCAACGUGAAAGUGAUCGCGCUGUCCAUCGACUCAGUGGAGGAUCAUCGCGGCUGGACCGUGGACAUCCUGGCGUAUAACGGUUGCGACCCCGCCUGCCGCUCGCUGCCCUACCCCAUCAUAGCGGACAGGCAGCGGGAGCUGGCGGUGGCUCUGGGCAUGCUGGACCCAGACGAGAAGGACAAAGAGGGCCUGCCGCUCACCGCCCGCUGUGUGUUCAUCAUCGGGCCGGACAAAAGGCUGAAACUGUCCCUGCUGUACCCCGCCACCACCGGGCGCAACUUUGACGAGAUCCUGCGAGUGGUGGACUCCCUUCAGCUGACAGCGGGACGAAGCGUGGCCACGCCUGCAGACUGGAGGCCUGGAGACUGCGUGAUGGUUCCUCCCAGCAUGACUGAGGAGGAGGCUGCCUCCUUGUUCCCAUGGGGCGUCUACAGCAAAGACCUGCCCUCCGGCAGGAAGUACCUGCGCUACACGCCACAGCCGUCAGAGGAAGACUGCCCUCAGGGGCUCAACAUGGAAAAAGAAGGAGAAAACCCUGUCUAGUACUUGAAUACUAGACAGGAAGUGGUUUACGCACAGGGCAUCACUCCUAAGCAGAAAUUGUAUAGUAAAUGUUUUAUAAGAUGCAGGAUUGUGUUCUACCAGAAUAAACUAUAACACUUAGUUUAGUUUCUGCUCUAUAAACAUACAAUAAAAGCCCAGUGGUUGCAUUUGAGAGUCUGCACUAACACUGGACACCACUAA